GGUUUUCUUCGCAAACAUUCUCUAAACUUAUAAAAUUUGUCUUUUUAAUGCUAUCAGAUGGUAGACCGAUAUUUUCCAAAGCUGCCGGAUGUUACAAAAAUUAUCGAAAAUUUAGAUAAUUUGAUAAGUAAGGACAUAGCUUCGGCUGGCAAGCGUGGGCGUGAUAUGCUCAGUCAAAUGCGAGCACAUCUCAAUGAAACAAUUGGAAAAUAUACACCAGAAGUUAUUAAAUCUAUAAAUAAAGCAGGUAAUGCUUUCCAACACGCCUCAAAUGAAAUCAAAAUGGAACUUAACAAAUUGUCGCUUGUUAUAAAAGACAAUACGAAGAAGUACACUGGUGUUGCGGACGAUUAUUUGGAUGAAUAUGGACCGUAUAGAUUCUAUUUCGGCAUUGCAGUUUGCUCUAUACUAUUGCUGAUCUUGGUUUGCUUAGUAGCCGCAUUGCUGUGUGGCAUAUGUGGCAAACGCCCAGACGGUUAUGGUGAUGAUUGCUGUAAUAAAGGCUCUGGUUCGCGUUUCUUGAUGAUGGCUGUAGCACUGAUUUUCCUAUUCAUUUCGUUGAUUGCUCUAGUAGCGCUGGCUCACUUUUUGAUCGGUCUAAUCGCCUACCGUGGCUUAUGUCUUCCAUUAAAGGACCCUCAAAACGAUGAAAUAUUCGCUCAACUUGACAACUCUAUUGACUUGAAUAAUGUACUUUAUCCGCCACAAAAUAAGGGCAAGCUGACUUCAGGUGGUUUACCACCUUUACGCAUAUCACAUGUGAUCACCGCCUGUCAGCGUAAUCAAACCAUUUACGAAGUGUUGCAUAUACAUAAUCGUAUCGAUAUACAUGAAAUAAAUGAUUACCCAGCUCAGUAUAAGAUCAAUCAAACCUUAGAUGAUUUAGUUGCUGGUAUUUCUUUUGACGACAGCGAUGUGCUCAUACUAAGUCCAGAGGAUAAACAACGCAUACUGAGCCUCGGCGAAUCAGCAUUGAAGAACUUUGAUUCUGCACAAUAUAUUGAUAAUCUUAACGAUACAAUAACCAAAUAUUCAUUAACCGAAAUUGCUCAACAAUUAAGCCAGACAGCAAAUAAAAUCGAAAAUAGCGAUGAUAUGAAAGAUGUACGAGUUAGUUUGCGUAAUCAGGCUUUGCAUUUGGAGACAUACGAACACAAUUUGGCGAUACCAAUGAAAAAUCAAUCAGUGGAACUUAUACGGCUAGCAGAUGAUUUGGAUCAUAGCCUACGCUAUAAGGAUCAUCCAUUCCACGAAUCCAUACCGUUGCUGGUCAAUGAGAUUGAGCGUGCGCAGACGUUCUUCCGCGUAGAUGGACGUCAGUUUGUUAGGGCAACCGCAGAAAAUUUGACACACUAUUUUGCAAGUGAAAUAGAGAAUUAUUUGAGAAUGGUCGUGCAGGCAGUGGAGCGGAAAAUUGGCUUAUGUGCGCCGUUAGCUAAUGUCUACGACUCUGGUAUAGUUGCACUGUGUAGUUCUGUUGUUAAUCCAUUGAAUGGUUUCUGGGCUGGCGCCGCAUUGUGUGUUGUGCUCUUUUUGCCCACCUUGAUGGUCGCGGUCAAAUUGGCAAGCUUGUACCAGAAGUCAGAUCCAUAUCCUGGUCCACUAGUCGAAUCGGAGUAUUUGUAUGACGCAUAUAGUGAACGUGAUCACAUUCCAUUGGCAAAUGGGCCAAAGAACAAGCGACGAAAGAAUAAAGACCGACGUCGCGGUCGUGAAUACUAUGAGGAACCCGUCGCUUCCACGGCGCAUGGUGUGCCACCAACUGUUGGUGUGCGUGACACUCGCUACAACGACAUGGCACCCAAACAUUGGGAUGGCGGCCCACCGAGAUACCAAAAUCCCCCAAUGGCACCACCUGCAUCCGAGUAUGAACGCCCACCGCCAUAUUAUUAUCCGGGUGCUACGGAGCAAGACUAAGUAAUACAGAUUGAGAUACAUUUUUAAAAUGUCUAUAGCAAAAACAACAACCACAACAAAAACAACAAAUAAAUAAACAGACAACAGCGCCAUAAGCAGCACUUAGAAUAAAAUAAAGCAACAAGAAAACAUAUACAAAAUAGCAACAACAACACUCCGCAGCGUGGCUAGCAGAGCUGGAGGAGGCCGAGAAGAAGGAGGAGAUGGCAUUGGCGAUGCAUGCAAUGACGCUGAAGUGGAGAAAUGGUCCCACAGAAGGGGUGUGUCUACGGCGUGUGUGGCAAUGGUAGCUGCGGUGCGCGAUGGCGCGCACAGCAUGCGUGCUGAUAGUUAUUUUUGGCGCAAUUUUCGAAAACGCAUUUUUCUCGCUUUUUUCUUUGAUCUUUGAAAACACGAAAAAUUCCACAUGCCACAGGCCACACACACACACACAUUUUCUACUUCUUCAAAAAUAUAAACAAACAAUCAAAAAAAAACGAAGCAUAUUAGCGAAUAAAAAAAAUUAAACUCAAAAUAGUGAAAGCAAACAAUACAAAUAAUUUCUUGAUUGCGCAUAAAAAUGCUGGUUUCAAAAACCGAAAAGCGUGUGCUAUAUAAUUAAACAGACAUUCUUACAUACAUAUGUAGAAGAAAUUAUAUUUAAAAAAUGAAAGAAGAAAAACACCAGAUACAUGAGACAAAAACGUAAACUAAAAAACAAAAACAAAACACAGCCAUUAUGCAUUCUUCAUUCCAGCGCCCCCAUAGACACAUGCAAACAUACAAUACAUACACAUAUUUAGUAGAUACUCGAAAAAUGUUCGAUAAUAUCUCAAGUAUUUUAGUUAGUUUUAUAUUGAAGUGUUAUUAAAAAAAAAAAAUAUAUAAAAAAAGAAAAUAUUAUAUGUGCAUAUGUAAAAUGAGACUGUAUUUGUUAGGUUUUUUUAAUGAGUUGGUUAGUGAGUGCAUGUCUCAUUAAUGAUGUAUGUAGUAGGUACUCGCAUCUUUUUCUUUCUUUUAGAAAAAAACAUCACAUUUGAAUUUUAUGCAUAAAAAA